GUUCCUAGACUCAUGUUACAUAUACUGUACUUUACAUACUCUGAGUAAAAGAGCCUUACCGGCCCUGGGAGUGUUGCCCGCCUCUAGUGCCACCCACUACUAACACUAACUGUACCACUUUAACAUUUGCUGCACUUUUUGAGGAUCACCACGAGGACUAUAAUAAUACUCAGUGGUGGAAGCCUUACAGGGCUCGAGUGUGAGCUACUGAGGAAGAGUUUUUCUGUGUGAGUAGAACCUUCCUUUUGUGCCGGCCACCAUGACGGUCUGUGAUGGUGAAGUGUUGACCAUGUCUCCGUCUGAAGAUGGUCCGCCUAAGAGAAAGGACGCCAUGAGUCCUGGAAUGUUCAAGAGAAAAUAUCUACGUAAAAUCUUCGUGCCACCGCUUCCCAAGAUGACUGUGGACCAGGAGUCGAGAGUCGGGUCGUCCUCAGCCGGCGACCAAGAGGGCAGUGUGUCACUCUCCUGCCACCCUCCUAUGACACCCCCAGCCCAGCGACACAUCGUCAGGACACCUGCUGACGACGACGUUCUGCCCGGGUCAGAAGCGUCUCCGAGUGUUACCUGCAAGAGGAAAGAGGCGGCCAGUCCUGGAGGAAUAAAGAGGAAAUACCUUCGUAAAGUUGUUGUGCCGCCGCUCCCGCAGCUGAUGAUUAACAGCAGCCCGGUGAGUGACGCUCCUGCUGCCGCUUCACGUCAUCACCAAGAUCUUAUUGACCAAUCCUCCCUCGACCAGCUGGACCCCACCACCGCUCCUGAAGGCGAGACGGUGACGUCGUCUCUAGCUAAUUCAGACAAAGAAAAAAAGGCAGCGGCCAGACGUGAACAGUCAAAAACUGAAUAUCUUGUUCAGGUUUCUCUGCCAUUAUUGACUGUGAACGGAACGUGCAUCAAUGUGGAUGAUCAGGCCGGGUCACCCUCACCUUUUGAACAAGGGCUGCCGGACCACACAGGCCCCGACCACCUGUCUCUGGAGCACACGCUCUCACUAGCCUCCGAAGGCGAAGUGUCGUCCACCUCCCCUGGUGCACCACGCAAGAAGAAAAGGUCGUUUAGUCCUCGGAUGAUAAAAAAGGAAAUUGCUAGAAAAAUUGGCCUGACAACUGGUCCAAAGGCGACGGUGAGAGACAGAAGCGUCAGCCCAAAGCCCAGAGCGGAGUCCUCCCCUGUUCAUCAGGUCCCCACAUCUAACAGUGACGAAUCACUGGGCGCUCCGUCUAGGAGAAAGGAAAUCACAAGUCCAAAAGUGUUGAAAAAGAAGUACAUUAACAGAGUUGUGGCGCCACUGUUGCCUCACUUAACUCUCAAUGGAAAAUCCGUCAGCCAGGAGCCCAUGGAUGAGACACCCUCAGCUUUUGAGCAAGAGCUUGCAGACCAGGAGAACCAGUCCCCCAACGACCCCGAGUUUGUUCGUCGCGCCUCCCAGCGGUGGCAGCGUAAGACGGGCGCCAUUCACCAUCAAUCUUUCCAGGUAGCGAGUCACUCCGGGAACCUCGACAUGCUGCUCCCCAUCCAGUGCACCAAGUUUGAGUGGCCGACCAGCCCGAGUCAGCAGUCAGCCUUCCAGCGACGAGUGUCUACUACCCAGCCCAUCCACUAUCUACCAUCGUCCCCCUUCAUGUCCCCUCCCACGCCGCCCACACAGAGAGCCUCCGUCAACAGUUCCCACUUCCAGAGAGGAAGUAAACAGUAUUGCUCCAUGUACACACGACCCACCGGCCUGGAAGAUUCUCCAUUCCAGAGAUCCAGCAAGCUGUAUUCUUCUAUGUUCACACGAGUCACUGGGCUGGAAGACUUAGCUUUUCAACGAUCCUCGCGUCGGCAACAGCAGAGAAGCUCCAGUCUCGUGCCUCCUGACACUACAACAGGUAGCAGCAACAGCAAGUCAACAGAAAAGAGGAAGUCUAGCCUUCAGCUGUUCCUCGUGCGGCGGAGUUCCUCUUCCGAGAGGCCGAACAAAACGUCGACCAAGACUCGGCCGGUCAAACUCAAGCGUCCGGAGCGUCUCGCCCUGGACGACAGCGUGGCCGAGGAAGUGCGUCGAGCAGCGAGGAGAGAGGAACCAUUUCGCCGCCUCAGUGUCAGAAUACGCAAGUCUCUCAGAGUACCUACAUGGAGCCGCUCCUCCUCCCACAAUCAGUUGCUACCCAACUCCUCCUCCUGCCACAGCGGCCUCAGUGCCCUCAGCUCAGCCUCCUGCCUCAUUUCCCUUAGUACCCUUGGCUCAGCCUCCUGCCACAGUGGCCUCAGUGCCCUCAGCACGGCCUCCUGCCACAGCGGUCUCAGUGCCCUCAACUCGGCCUCCUACCACAGCGGCCUCAGCUCCCUCUGGGACGAUUCUUGUGCCUCUUCUACAUGCUCCUCGCCUUCGUCCAGCUUCUCGUGGACGUCACCGCCGUCGUCACCGUCAGCGUCACGGACUCCACCACAACACAUCACCUUCCAGGACAUCUUCGACGCUGAGCCUAAAAUCGCGGAAAAAUUUGCGAUAAUGUUCCCUACGGAGCCACGACCAGAGUGGCACCGACACCUUCGUCAUGUUCUCCACAAGGCUGGACAGAAGAUCUUCAAGAAGCCUGAAUACCAUGACACCACCAUCCCAGAGAACCUUCGAUACCAGCUCAAGCACAUCUACGUUUACUAGCCAACUGUGUCUAUUGUACUAGCUAAAUGUGGCUAUUAGCUAAACUAUGGCUAUUAGAUGACUGUCUAUUAGCUAGCUGUUUCUAUUAUUAGCUAAUUAUGUUUGUUAGCUAGCUAUGGCUAUUGGCUAGCUAUGUAUAUGAGCUAGUUGUUGCUAUGAGCUAACUAUGGGGUAUUAGCUAACGAUGUCUACUAGCUAACUUUGGCUAUUAGCUAACUGUGGCUGUUAUUAGCUAACUAUGUCUACUAGCUAAAUAUGGCUAAUAGCUAACCAUGUCUAUUAGCUAACUAUGUCUAUUAGCUAACUGUUUUACUAAUUACAUGUCUUAUUAGCUGUAUAUCUACUAGUUACACAUGCCUGCUAGUUAUAGUACGUCAUGUCUAAAUACUGUAUGCUAGCUACGUAUUGUCUAUGUAUGCUAGCUACAAACAUCUACCGCCAUGUCUACGUCUACUAGCUUCGUGUAUGUCUUUUAUGUACCAUGUCUACUUUGCUAUCUACCACAUCUUUGUCUACUAGCUAGUUCUACUACUAGCUUCCAACUUAAGCAAUAUCUACAUCUACUAGCACAUCUACUUCCAUUAGCUAUCACGUGUAAGAUCUGUCAGGAGAGUCUGUAGAGUCCUCGACCCUGUGUAGAGUCUUGGGACUUUCGGGGGCGUUGGUUAGCCCCUUUAGAGGACUAAUUAGCCCCCUUUAGAAGCCUAAUUAGCUCCACGGUGGACUUAUUAGCCCCCUUGAAGGACUAAUUAGAUUCACAGUGGACUAAUUAUACUCUACAGGGGACAACUAUGCGAGAGGUGCUUGGUUGUUUUAAUUCACUGUUGUACACACACACACACACACACGUAUUCAUUCAUUCAUUCAUUCCCGUUUUAAUUUUCAUUGUAUUUUGUCUUAUUUAUCCACUACCACCAUCAUUACUCUAACAACACGCUACCCCCCCCCUGUUCUACCACAAUCAUCACCCCCCUCUACCACAAUUACUCCCUCCUAAUGCCCUACACUAACCCACAACUACUUCUACCACCCUUCUUACCACAAUCACCCCCCACUCCAUCCCAUCACCACCACACCCUUCACCACCACCACAUCACACCCUUCACCACUACACCACCACCACAUCACACCCUUCACCACUACACCACCACCACAUCACACCCUUCACCACUACAACACCACCACCACAAUACCUAGCAUCUCAACCCAUCACAAUCAUACCACCACUACUACACCAUCAUAACCUUCACCACCAGACCCUUUACCACCACACCCUUCAUCACUAUCAUGCCAGCGACUCAAGACUGACUAUGAAGCAACGAUACAGCCAAGACACAACACUUCACUAUGGCAGCUUAUGACGCCUCCAACCAGUUAUUUUUGUUGGGUCACGUCACUGCGUUGUGUUCCAAUGACAUAACAAAAACAUAGACCCUUCCUCCUUCUCUUCCCCUCAUUAUCCCUCCCUCCUUCUCUUCUCUCUUCCCCCCCUCCUCCUCUUUCAAGGGGGUCUCCAUCUGUCACCACAAACACCUGUACAGCGUGAGGGUAAUUAAACAGACACACACACACACACACACACACGUACACCAACUUGUCACCCAUGAUAGUAAACUUUAGGCUGUGUUAUUUACAGACAAGUUCUCGUGUUGUUGUUGUUAAUUGAUAGUUGGAAGAAAGUUUGUCAACAUCAAGUGGUUAUUUAUGAGUGAAUUAUUAAUUAUUUGGUAUUAUUAUCUUCUUUUAACGAGGACUUUUAUCAGUGUUGUGUGUAUGUAUCUAUGUAUGUUUCUUUCCUGUACGUACAGCAUAUGAUGUGUGAGGGAGUGACUGAUUGACUCGAGGAAGUUAAGUAAUAUUCUGGCUGUCUGUGUUAUUUUGUGGGUUUUAUUAUUUAAGGUGUAUCGAGGAAGCAGCUUGGUCACUCUCUUGUCAUCACAUCAGGUGUACCACUAAUGACAUUACUACUGGCACUGUCUGUGUGUGUGUGGUGCCAUGUUAGCUGUGUCCAAGCCUCACCCUGGCACUUGAUAGAUAGCACUGCCUCUACUGUUACUGUAGACUCCAGCGAUGCUACUGUCAUCCCCUCACUCUCUGACCUCUGCCCCUCACCCCCUCUACCCCUCACCCCCUCCCCCUCACCCCCUCUACC